AUGCUGAGCAGAGCAGGAGCAUGGGCGGCGCGGGUGGCGCUUGGAAGCGGAAAGCGGGCCGUGUCGGCGUCGACAGCGGCGGCAGCGGUGGCGAGGGCAUCCGCGCGCCUUGCCAUCUCCUCGCACCUUCCCCUUCAAAGCAGCGCGGUCUUUGCCCUCGCCUCACGCGGCACCGCUCUUCGCGGCUUUUCCUCCUCUUCGCUCGCCCGUAAUGAGCCUGACGCCGCAAAACCCGAGUCGGCCAAGCCCGAGUCGGCCAAGCCCGAGUCGGCCAAGCCCGAGUCGGCCAAGCCCGAGUGGAAGAACCUCCGCCCGGCAGGCUCCGAGGCUGGCAAGGGCCCUGUUCCUCCCAAGGGUGGUGCGACAGGGCCUGGGACCGGUGCCGGUGCCGGUGCUGGUGCUGGUGUCGGUCGUAAGGCCGGGCGGCGGACCAAGCCGCUGCCGCCGCCAGAGCCGACGCCGAGGUGGCAAAUGGCGCUGGCGUGGACGGCUGCGGGUGGGACGGCGUACUAUCUGUACACCCGCGAUACUGGCCCGGCGCCGCAUGAGAUCGAUUGGGUCAAGUUUGAGUCCGAGGUGCUGGCCGUCGGCGAGGUUGCCUCGCUCCGGGUCGUCAACGGGACGCAGGUCGAGGUCUUUCUCCGCGACGACUCGGAGCUUGUUGCGAACCGUGACGAGUACGGGCCGGACCGCCCGGUGUACACCUUUUCCAUCGGGAGCAUUGACGUGUUUGAGCGCAAGAUGGAGGGCGCCCAGCGGUCGCUUGGGGUGCGGUCGGAGGACUUUGUGCCGACCGCAUACGUUGACCGGACCUCGCUCGGUGCCGAGGUUGUGCGGUUCCUGCCGACGCUCCUUCUCAUCGGCUUCUUUGUCUUUGUCUACCGCCGCAUGACGAGCUCGGGUGGGCCGGCGUCGCAGCUUGGCUCGAUGUUUGGCAUGGGCAAGGCCAAGGUCCGCAAGAUCACCAAGGAGACCAACAUCGGCGUGACAUUUAAGGACGUCGCAGGCCUGGAAGAGGCCAAGGUCGAGGUUGCCGAGUACGUCGAGUUUUUCAAGGACCCAGAGCGGUUCACCAAGCUCGGCGCCAAGAUGCCCAAGGGCGUCCUGUUGACGGGCCCGCCCGGGACAGGCAAGACGCUGCUGGCCAAGGCCAUGGCCGGCGAGGCCGGCAAGCCGUUCCUCUCCAUCUCGGGUUCCGAGUUCCUGGAGAUGUUUGCGGGCGUCGGCCCGUCCCGCGUCCGUGACCUCUUCAAGCAGGCGCGGACCGAGGCACCGUGCAUUGUGUUCAUCGACGAGAUCGACGCCAUCGGCCGCAAGCGCGGCUCGCGCAAGAUGGGCGGCAACGACGAGCGCGAGAACACGCUCAACCAGCUGUUGGUCGAGAUGGACGGCUUUGCCUCGUCCACGGGCGUCAUUGUGAUGGCAGCGACAAACCGGGCAGACAUCCUAGACCCGGCGCUGCUGCGGCCGGGCCGCUUUGACCGCCAGGUCACCGUCGACGCCGCCGACCUCGACGGCCGCCGCGACAUCUUCAAGGUCCACCUCAAGAACAUCAAGAUUGCGCCGACCGGCGACAAUGCCGCCGUGAGCGCCGACGAGCUCGAGACCAUUGCCGCUCAGCUCGCCAAGCUCACGCCGGGCUUCUCGGGCGCCGACAUUGCCAACGUGUGCAACGAGGCUGCACUCAUUGCGGCGCGGACAGACAAGCCCGGUGUCGAUCUCGGCGACUUUGAGGCUGCCAUCGAGCGCACCAUCGGCGGCCUCGAGAAGAAGUCGCGAGUUCUCUCGCCCAAGGAGCGCCGGACGGUGGCGUACCACGAGGCCGGCCACGCCGUCGCCGGCUGGUUCCUCGAGCACACCCACCCGCUGCUCAAGGUCUCGAUUGUGCCGCGCGGCUCGGCGGCGCUCGGCUACGCCCAGUACCUGCCCAAGGACCAGUACCUGUACACCACCGAGCAGCUCGACGACAUGAUGGCCAUGACGCUGGCCGGCCGGACGGCCGAGGCGGAGUUCUUUGGCCGCGUCACCACCGGCGCACAGGACGAUCUGCGCAAGGUCACUCGCAUGGCCUAUGAGAACGUCGUCGCCUACGGCUUCUCUCCGGCCGUCGGCAACGUCUCGUUCCCGCUGCCGCAGGACGGCGACAUGGUGACCGACAAGCCGUACUCGAACACCACCGCCAAGCUCAUCGACACCGAGGUCAACACCGCGGUCUCGCGCGCCUAUGCCCGUGCCGAGGCCGUCAUCCGCGACCACCGCGAAGACGUCGAGCGCCUUGCCGAGGCCCUACUUGAGCGCGAGGUCAUCCGUCGCGACGACAUUGUCGAGAUCCUUGGCCCGCGUCCGUUUGGCGAUGUCGCCGACGUGGUCCCGGGGCCCUCGCCGCUCUCGCCGGCGUAACACGACCGCAAACGCUAGUUUGUCAAACUAUGCUCAAUGAGAGGCGCGAGUCCGGCAGGUGUAAACGCCUGACGUGUGCUG